AAACCCGACCCGCACCAGAUCUCUCCAGAUCCCAUCGCCAGCUCUCUCUCUCUCCGUAACAGCGACCUGCCAACAAACGGACCAGAAAAUGCCAAUUUCUGCUCCAGAGUCGUCGGGACGAUUGCUGUGGGCAGCUCUCCUCGUCGCUCCGCUCGCCGCUGUGCUCUACCAGUUCCCGAUCCAAAUCCUAAAUCCCCGCGCCCCGGAGCCGAAGGCCGCGCCCGCCACCGCCGCCAUGAACGCCGGCGCCGAGCUGGAGCUGGAGUACGACAUGCCGGGCGUCCUGCGCGUGCACAAGAGCGGCCGCGUCGAGCGCUUCGACGGCGUCGAGACCGUCCCGCCCUGCCCCUCCGGGGACCCCGCCAACGGCGUCGCUUCCAAGGACGUCGUCCUCGACCCCGCGGCCAACAUCCACGCCCGCCUCUACCUCCCCUCCGCCGUCGCCGCCACGGAGCCAGGCAAGAAGCUCCCCGUCGUCGUCUUCUUCCACGGCGGCGCGUUCUUCGUCCACACCGCCGCCUCCCCGCUCUACCACAGGUACUGCGCCUCCCUCGCCGCCGCGGUCCCCGCCGUCGUCGUCUCGGCCGACUACCGUCUCGCCCCGGAGCACCCCAUCCCGGCCGCCUACGACGACGCCUUCGCGGCCCUCAAGGCGGUCGUCGGCGCGUGCCGCCCGGGCGGCGCCGAGCCCUGGCUCGCCGCGCACGGCGACGCCUCCCGCGUCGUCCUCGCGGGCGACAGCGCCGGCGCCAACAUGGCGCACGCCACGGCGAUACGGCUGGGGAAGGAGCGCAUCGACGGCUACGGCGGCAAGGUCAGCGGCGUGGCGCUCCUGAACCCCUACUUCUGGGGGAAAGAGCCGGUGGGCGGGGAGCCGACGGACGCCGGGUACCGCGGCGGCUUCGAGCGCGCGUGGGAGGUCAUCUGCAGCGGCAAGUUCGGGCCCGACCACCCGUACAUCAACCCGGCGGCGUCCCCGGAGGAGUGGAGGCGGCUCGGGAGCGGCCGCGUGCUGGUCACCACGGCGGAGCACUGCUGGUUCGUGGAGCGGGCGCGCGCGUACGCGGAGGGGGUCAAGGCUUGCGGGUGGGACGGCGAGCUCCAGUUCCACGAGGCCAAGGGCGAGGCGCAUGUCUACUUCUUGCCCAAGUACGACUCGGACACCGCCGUCAAGGAGCUCGCCAUGGUGGCGGAUUUCGUCAGGCGCUGUUGAGAUUCUGCUUCUUCGCCCGGGGAAUGAUUCGGCAGCAAAGGAGCACACAGUUUGUGAUGUAUUUCAUGCUUUUUCUGUUAUAAAUUUGUAUGAAGUUCAUAAGAAAGGUUGAUGAAUACUUCUAAUGAUUACAAUUAACACGAAGCAAGGGAUCAAUAUUUGCAAUGGCAACAAAA